AUGGAAAUCAUAGAAAAUGAUGAAUAUCAUUCAGUAUGCCGCUGCAAACUUAUAAAAUACUGGAUAUAUUAUGAAGUAAAACGAAUAUUAGCUUCUGAAACUCGAGAUGUUUAUAAAGAAACUAUUCGUGAACUACAUAAAGGAUGGACGCUUUAUAAUGAUUAUGGUAGCUACAGAGUAGAACAAUACAAAUGCAAUCCGGAAUCGAAUAUUCCUGCUAUGAAAGAUAUUGUAUAUAAAAAGAAUAUUCAUGAACAUUGCUUAAAUUACUACGAAAUCAGUAAUAAAAAAGAUGAUAACGAUGAAUGUCGAAAAUAUAAAAUUUACAUUCAAGGUUUGAACUUGCCAUACACAAGUUUUGAUAGUUUAUUUUCUGAAGAUAAAAAUAAUUAUCAAUCUUAUUAUAAUAAAUGUAGAACUUAUAAUCCAAUAAAUAUUCCUGAUGUUUCAAUAUUCCACCAAGAU